UAUGUGGAAAAAAAAAAAAAAAUUAUGAUUACUACCUCCAUUAUCUUUCACAUGCAACACUUUAAUUAAGUUUCAACAUUAUUUAUAUUAGUUAUUCUUUUGCUGUAUUUCUCAUUAUCACAUGGAUCCCCCCUUCCCUUUUGUCUCUCUUUAAUUUAUUUACUCUCUUCUCCUUAAUCCUUAAUUAAUACGCAUCUGUAUUCGAUAAGUAGGAGGAGGACACGAAACUCCCAUUAAAAAAACAAUAUCUCAACUUUACUAAAACAAUAAACACAAAACCACCAAAUACUGUUAACAAAAUUUCGAUUUCUUCUUUUCUCCUUUCCUUAAUCUUCUUCCUCUUCCCCUUCCAAAUUCCAUGUAAAACUUUGUAUACUUCCGCACACAUUAUGUGCAUAUAAGACUACUCCUCCCAUGUUGCAACUCAUAAGGGUAGAAAAGUCAUUUCACCACCUCAUUAGAUAACCUAAUUUAAUGUCUUAAUGAAGACAAUCAUGAUUAUGUUCCUAAUAAUAAAAUCUACUACAGAAAAAAACAAAAAAAAAAUCCAGGCUGACUCUUUUCAUUUGAACAACUUAGGAAUUCGAGGCAAAAGGAAUCAAACUUUGUGAUUCGUUCAAAUUCAAAACCAAAAAAAACUACCCAAAUGUCAUGGCUUGCUCGUUCAAUCGCCAAUUCUCUCCGCAUUGACGAAGAUUUCGACGCAAAUAAUCAUAAUUCUCUCUCUUCCUCUCAUCGUCGACGUCUUAAUCCGACGGCGCCGGAAAAUGACGUCAUGGAGGAGAGAGAAAGUGAUAGAUUUGAAGGAGAUCUACGUGGUGUGAAAGAUGAUUUGGGCGAAUUUAAAGAAACCCUAACUCGUCAACUUUGGGGCGUCGCCAAUUUUCUCGCUCCUCCUCCGACGACAACGACUUGUUCUUCUUCUCAAUCACAUGAUCAACGAGUCAUUUCUGAGUCGAAUCGGUCAGAAUCGACCGAUCCUUCCAUUUCUGGGGACGAACAUGGUGAUUCAUCGGUUAAUUCUCGGAAUUCGACUGCGAAUAGAAAUUUUUCGGAGAUUCGUGUUUUAGAGAAUUGUAAUUCUUCUUUGAAUUCGCGUCGGUUGGGAUUGCAGAAGGUUGAAGAAGAAGAAGAUGAGGAUGAUGAUGAUGAUGGUGAUAGUGAUGAUGGUGAUGAUGAUGGGAUCAACCAAGCUGUAGGAUUGACUGAUGAAGUUUUAACAUUUGCUGGGGAUAUUGGGCAUCAUCCUGAGACUUGGUUGGAUUUUCCUGUUGAUGAUGAAGAACAAUUUGAAGAUUUUCCCAUGUCAGUGUCCCAGAAAAGGCAUGCUCAAGCUGUUGAACGCCUUGCGCGGAGGCUAGCAGCACUUAGAAUUGAGCUUUGUCCUGCUCAUAUGAGCGUGGGAUUUUUCUGGAAAGUUUAUUUUGUUCUCCUACAUUCAAGGCUCAAUAAACAGGAUGCGGAGAUUUUGUCAACACCUGAGGUUGUAGAAGCCAGAGCAAAGUGGAUGCAAGAGCAACAAAAAGGGGCCAAGAAAGAUUCAGAAUGGUUUUAUGGCGGCCUCUAUUCAAGAGAAAGUGCUGACUUAGAUGAUGAUUGUACUCCAAGAUCCUUGCAGAAUGAACAUUCAGAGAAUUCGUCCUGGACGUUUUUUUCUGAACCUGCCACUUCUUCCACAACAGUUGAGUCUGAAGUGGAAAAACAUGCUGUGAGCACCGAGCUGCAGCUAAUGGAUAAGUCUAUCAUUGAUGAAAAACCAUUGGCAAAUGCAGAGAAUAAGAACAUACUCGCUGCUUCAACUUACAAGAGACCUGUUCAGAGUAUUGUUGAUGAUGAUAAUGAUAGUGAUGACUGGCCUGAAGAUGAUUGCUUAGGACAGAGUGGAAGAUUUAUACCUGCGGGAAUUGCAGAUGAGAUAUCUUUUAGUGAUCUCGAGGAUGAUGAUUGCUGUAUACCGGUCGUAUCAAAGCCUUAUUAGUAGUACAUGGUGGAAUUCUUUAAUCAUUUGGAAGACAUUAACAUAUCCUACAUGGAAUUUAUCAAGCUGGCUGCUAGAUUUUACUGGUUGCUGGAAGAUUCAAUACAUGGGAUCUCAUGGCCGAGGUUGAAGCAUAUGGUGCUGUUCGCCUGCCCUCGCUUGAAAAUUCGCCAAAAUGCUCUUUUGGUGAAGGUCUGUUUGUAUGUUCUGUUGCUUCAUCACCCAGUGAAAAAGUGCCAGGUUAACCAAAUGGGCAGUUCUGGCCUUCUAUAUCUGGUCUUGAGUGUGCAGAUUUUGUAUAAUUUUUUUGUACAAGAGUGAUGGAAGCAUUUAUUUGUUGCAAUAUGUACAUUACACCCUAUGUAAGUGUGCAUUACUUGCUUCCAACUAUCUGGAUGUGUGGAAGAUGGAAGUGAAAUUGUACAGUUGUAUCUGCAGUGACUGUCUGUUCUAUCUCACCUAUUUUUGCA